UGAGCAGGCAAACAACCAUUCAAUCAACUGUAUGGUACCCGCCUUCUCCGAGGUGCAGCCGAAAUCACAUCCCGGGGUUUUUGAUACCCGAGCCCGAUAAAACUGCAGGCUUUUUUUUUUUUUUUUUCUUUCUGAGGAGGAUUAUCUUCUUCAGCGAAGGAGUUUAUUCUGAUUUGCUCAAAUAUUGUUAGUUGGAGAUGAAGCUGACCCUUGAAUUUGGUGGGGGGCUGGAACUUCUUUGUGAUUCUGUGAAGAUCCACCAUGUUAAUGUUGAACCACAAGCUGGAGAGUCAAAGUUAACAAUGAAACACUUGCUCUCUUGGGCUCGCACCAAUUUGAUCAAGGAGAGGCCGGAAAUGUUCAUGAAAGGAGAUUCUGUGAGACCUGGAGUUCUAGUCCUUGUAAAUGACUGCGAUUGGGAGCUAAGCGGUCAGCUCGAUACAAAUUUGGAAGAUAAAGAUAUCGUGGUUUUCAUUUCAACAUUGCAUGGUGGAUAGUUGCCAGUGAUGAUUGUGUAUUAUUGCAGUUGAGCAGAAAUGAUUUACUAUGUCCAUCAUGAACUGUUGUAGUGACCUCCUUUUAUGAAUGCCAAUCCAGGACUGUUAUGUCGUUCAUUAGUUCCUUCCACCCCAACCCCUAACUAGUUUUGUUCAAGAAAAAAAAAA